CAACAAACAAAAUGGAAGCCUAAUGUCAACAAAUUUGUAAUUAGAAUGUAGAAAUAGGUGAAAAAUAACUAGAUUAAACAUGAUGCAAGUUGAAAUCGAUUGAUUUAGAAAUAUAAAUAUAACCUAGAAGUCAUAUUAAUGGCGUACAUGUACGAUAGAGAAUCAUACUCAUGUAAAACAUAAUUGUAAAAUUCUUUUUAACAUAAAUCAUCUUAGCUCUUUAUCUAUCAUGAGCAAAUAUGGAAAUCAUGGAAUUUUUAUCAAUGGUCUUCAAACCACAAUGAAGAAGGGAAAAUUAAAAGAAUUAAUCAACCAGAUGAUUUGCGAACUAAAUGUCAAAAUACCCAAAUCUCGCAUCCGUGUAAUUGAGCAAAGUACUAAGACAUUUGCAUUUGUGAAUUUUGACGAUUCACAAACUCUUGAUUAUGUUCUUUACCAUCUGCAUAGUCAGGAAAGUCGAAGAAAAGUGAAUUUUGAUUUCUAUGCCAUCUCUCAAUGUUUGAAAGAUUUUUACAUCACUCGACAAAAAAAUAAUAAAAAUUCACCUCGUGUUCAGCCAAAAGACAAAAUAGAUGACAGAAAUUUUGAUUAUUCUAACAAUGGAUUACAACUACAAGGCCAGGUGAAGUCAACAGUAGAAGCAGGAACUUCUAUCAGUAGUUUAACAAAAUCCAGUGGAAGCCAUAUUGCCAAAGGGAGGUCUUUAGAUGCAGCCACUUCUGUAUCAGGACUAACACCAUCAGUUGCAGGGAAAUUUUAUCGUUUAAAUGACAAACUUGGAAAUGAAACAAGAAAUGUAGAAUUUAAAGAAGGCCGUGGUAAUUAUAAACAUAGCGUGUUAUAUGAACAUGUUGGGAAGUAUGUCUGUGGUUUUAUGAACAGUCUGGAAGGUGGAACGCUUUUUGUUGGUGUGAAUGAUAGAGGUUUGAUACAGGGUGUUAUAUGUAGUCACCAAGAAGAAGAUUAUCUCAGAUUACAAAUAGAUCAAGCUAUAAAACAAAUAGAUCCAUCAAUAUUUCCUCAAAUGUAUUCCAUUGCCUUUAUCCCUGUUCUGAAUAAUGGAACAUUCUCAGAUAAUUUAAAAGUAAUAGAAGUCAGUGUUCACUCGUCCAAAGCCCAUGAUGAAUUAUAUGAGUUUAAAGGGAGUGUGUACAUCAGACGGGAUGGCAGUAUACAGUCUCUGAAACCAAAGGAUAUCAAAGCCUGGGCUAAAAAGAAAGCAGCUGAUGAUUUAGCUACAAAUCGAUCUGUGAAGGAACAGUUGGAUGAUAUGACAUCUCGAUUACAAGAAUUACAAACACAUAUAAAAGAAACGAAAGAAAAAAAAUCAAAAAUUUGUCUUCUUUUGUGAGUCAUUCAGUAUAUUUCACAUUAUCUAAAUUACUUGAUUAUUCUUUUUAUAAAUUAUUGAGUCACUUUACAUAAAUUCAAACAUCAUUGAUUGUUUGAACUUGUUUGUUAUUUAUUUAUUCAUGUAUAUUUAAAUUUAUUUUUCAAAGAUUUAAUAAAUAUUACAUGUCAAUGAGUUUGUCUCAAUAUAAGGUAUUUUUAUAGCAUUAUAUGAUAAGUGGUCAUGUUAAAAAAGACAUGAGCUGUUUAAUUUUUACACUUAAAGUUUAUGCCUGUAGAUUACAGAUGCAUUAUGUAAGAGCUCACUGCCUUAUUGGCUUCAUUUUGUUUAUUCCAUAAAAAUUUUAAUAAUUCAGAAAAACCUCAUGAUUUAUUUUUUUAUUAUUCAAGAUCUUAUAUGAAAUAAUGAAAUCAAAUUGGUUACAAGAUUUAUUUAUAUAAUUUCAUUUUGUUUAACAUUUUAAUUUUAUCCAAUCUGAUUUAAAUCAGAUGUCAAUGCCUCUUUUGUUACAAUUCUGAAGUUGUACUACAUUAUAUUAAGAACAUUUUCUAAUUCACCAAUCAAAUUAUCUCUAGUGAAUUUGGGGGCCAUGUUAUUGCAGGCGGCUGAAGGAAAUGAAACCUAAAGUUAUAACAAUCUAAAUUCUAAAUUAUUGAUGCCAAUUUAUUUUUACCUUUGUUUAUUCAAUUAGGGUUACAUUUUUUGAGACAAUUGUUCCAGAAUUAAUUAAAAUGUUAAAACACAAUAAUUUAGUUACUUUUGUUCUUAAGGUAUUUCCUUAAACUAAGGGCCUGCUUAUAGUACACUUAAGUUUAAUAGUAUGUUUAGGAAUAUGUAAAAAAAAAAAAGUCUUAUUUUUACCUGUGCUUUGUAAAACAAGACUGUUACUUUGAUCUGUUUUACUGUCUUCAUUAGCCCAGUUGGAACAGAAAAGUAGGAUGUUAAACCCCAUUUCAUUACGAUCUGUUUUGUUUAUCAUCUACUUGUGAUGUUUAUUGUUAAUUGUUAUGAGCCUAACUGUGAUUUUUUAAAAACAUUUUCUUGAAAAUAAUUGUUUUUUUAGUUGAUGAAAUAUUUUUGUGUUUUAUAAUUUAAGGCAUGGAGUGUUAAAAAUAAAAUAAAAAAUGUUUAAUUAUAUAUUUAAAAAUUUUCAAAUUUGAUUUUAAUUUUCUGAUUCAUCAGGAGAUAAAUUAGAAAUGUGAAAUAUUUGGAAGCAGUAGGUCUAUACAAGGAUUUGUUGACUGCCAUACUACUUUUUCCACUUCCAAUAUAUAUCAUAUUUUCACUGAUGUGCUUUGGAACCCCCGAUAUCACUUUACUAAAGUUCACCAGCUUAAAGACCCCCAGCUGGCAAUAUCCCAUUCCAAAAUCUGUGCCUCCAUAUUAAGCUAAAGAGUUUGCAAAAAAUUGGUGGACAUGUCAGAGAAGUGUGAUUUAGGUCUGUUAUACAUUUCUGGAAGGGAAAAAAGA